GCAGGCUCAGCAUCAGCACUCGCACAGCAACUCGCACCCGAAGCCGCCGCAGGAUGGACGCCGCAUACAAGAGGGUCAAUGGAGACUACAACCCCCAGCCGGACACAGAGGAGCCAGGCACAGGGAGGAAGAGAAGAGGCUCCAUGUACCUGGAGGAGGAGACCAACAAGAAGUCGGAGGUGAUCUCCUGCAUCUUCUCCCUGAAGGAGGAGGUCGGAGCUUUGGCCAAAGCCCUGCGGCUCUUCGAGGAUAAAGGCAUCAACCUGACCCACAUCGAGUCUCGCCCGUCUCGGAUGAACAGGGAUCAGUACGAGUUCUUCAUCAGCGUGGACUCCACGUGCUCGCAGGCCCUGGACGAGGUCAUCGACGGCCUGCGCACGCAGAUCAGCGGCCACGUGCACGAGCUGACUCGCAACAAACAGAAGGACACAGUGCCGUGGUUCCCCAACGACAUCCAGGACCUGGACCGCUUCGCAAACCAGAUCCUGAGCUAUGGGUCCGAGCUGGACGCGGAUCACCCGGGCUUCACAGAUCCAGAGUACAGAGCUCGCAGGAAGGAGUUUGCCGACAUUGCCUACCACUACAGACACGGCCAGGCCAUCCCCAAGGUGGAGUACACGGAGGCGGAGCGCGCCACGUGGGGCAUCGUGUUCAAGGAGCUGAAGACGCUCUACCCCACCCACGCCUGCCGCGAGCACAACCGCGUCUUCCCGCUGCUGGAGAAGUACUGCGGCUACCGGCAGGACAACAUCCCACAGCUGGAGGACGUGUCCCGCUUCCUGCAGUCCUGCACAGGGUUCCGGCUGCGCCCGGUGGCCGGCCUGCUCUCGUCCAGAGACUUCCUGGCCGGCCUGGCCUUCCGGGUCUUCCACUCCACGCAGUACAUCCGCCACGGCUCCAAGCCCACGUACACGCCCGAGCCGGACAUCUGCCACGAGCUGCUGGGACACGUCCCGCUCUUCGCCGAUCCCAGUUUCGCUCAGUUCUCACAGGAGAUCGGCCUGGCGUCUCUCGGCGCUCCUGAUGAGUACAUUGAGAAACUUGCCACAGUGUACUGGUUCACGGUGGAGUUCGGUCUGUGCAAGCAGGGCUCGGAGAUCAAGGCGUACGGCGCCGGCCUGCUGUCGUCCUUCGGUGAGCUCCAGUAUUGCCUAACAGACAAACCGCGGCUGGAGGCCUUUGACCCCGAUAAGACCAGCGGGCAGAAGUACCCCAUCACCGAGUACCAGCCCGUCUACUUCGUGGCCGAGAGCUUCGAGGACGCCAAGGAGAAAGUCAGGAAGUUUGCGGGCACCAUCCCCAAGCCCUUCUCCGUCCGCUACAACCCGUACACCCAGAGCGUGGAGGUUCUGGACAACACCCAGCAGCUGCGGAACCUGGCAGACAGCAUCAACAGUGAAUUGGGGAAACUGUGCGAAGCCCUGCGGAAACUGGAGUAAAGGCCGAGGAUCUCGUCACUCUUCAUUUAUUGGAUUUUCGCUGUUAGCUUUAGCAUGCCUGCAGAUUAGCUUCCCUUGUAUUAAAACUCUAGUUAACCGGCGCCAGUGUUUCUAUAAUCCAGGAUGAACCGCAGCCUCUUCUUAUUUUGUAUUAUUAUUUUAAGCCUGUUGCUUCUUGUAGGAAAUGUACCUGUGAAGGAUGAAGAAUGUGUCAAUACAACAAUACAACCACUGUGAAUUAACAUCUUUUUUUUAAAAAAUAUGGUGACAAAUCAGCUCUUUGCAUCGACUUCACUCAGAUAAAAUAAAUGUUUUGUAAAAGCAUCAAAUGUUUAAUUGAAUCAAAUAAAUUUCUCCU